CUCCCCUCUCUCUCUCUCUCUCUCUCUCUCUCUCUCUCUCUCUCUCUCUCUCUCUCUCUCUCUCUCUCUCUCUCUCUCUCUCUCUCUCUCUCUCUCUCUCUCUUUCUCCCACUCUUCUAAUCCAGCUCUUCGGGCCCCAUCGCCCCCUCAACGACCUACAUCAUUCCACUCAACAAUGAAUCUGUCACAAAUACUGAAUCCCCCAGGGGCAUCCGUCGCCCCUCUGUCAGAAUCAACCCAUGUCGGUCGCGGCCAAGGCAGGACCUCGUCUCCACUGCCUCCGACCGCCCUAGUCUCGACCACCACUGUCCUCCGCUUCGAUACCCCGCUCAAUGGCAGCCCAGGAGGUACCUCCGCGAGGAAGCACGCUAACUCGGUUUCCGUGGCCCAACUGGAGGAACAGUCCGCACACCACCCCAAUACAGGCAAACAUAAUAGCAGUAGCACCAGCAACUCGCCGCACCCAAAAAUCAAACCCAAUGAGAUCAGUAAUGGAUACAGCACCCAUACCUUUCGCGCCAAUGCUCCUGUACAGUCAGUAGCUGUGACAAAGGAAAAGGCUCCCGCAACAUUCACCACAGACAAUUCAGCAGCGUCAAAUGGACCAUCAGGAACAAGGACAGGAACAGGGAUAGGAGCACAAGCAGCAGCGGCGGGAAUAACCGAUACAUUCAGUCAAGGUCAGAAGAACCAUAAUGUACCGCAAGGCCUGUCGUCGUCCACAUCCACUGCCAAGAAAAGGCCGCGUAGCCAAGCCUCCAGAAGUGGGAAGACGUCCUUCCUCUUUAUCUCCCCAACCCCCUCGGCUCAACAAGAGUCCAAAAAUGGGUCCCUCAGGAAGGUUGGUCGUCCAACAUUGAUGGUCAUGGAUGAUGACGCGCAGCCGCACGGUCGCCCAUCACCGAGGCUUUCCGAGGAUGACGCCCAGCCACUCGAGAUCCGGUUUGUCAUGACGGAUAAGGAUGGCCAGGAUAAGCAGCGGACAAUGAAGCCAACCACCCCAUCGACUCCCAAAAGCGACUCGCCCGCACGAGACUCGCAAGGCGAGGAUUCAACUGAUCAGGAACUCAGCUCGACCCCCGACUUUGAGCGGAACGCGGAUGGAAAGUAUGUUGUUUGCUACGCAUGUCGUUUGGCAACUAUCAAUGCCCGACAUUUGCUCGAGCUCUCUACUACCUCUUAAGAGACUGAAAGAUCUUUACUGAUUAGUUUUUGGGCAAUUGCCGCUUCUUCUUUCCUUUUUUGGUCGAUCCAAAAUAGAUUCCGCUGUAGCUGGCCUCGAUGCGGAAAGGAGUUUACGGUUGCCUCGCGCCUCA